AUGUUUUCCUCAACCAGUACCCGCGAUCGACUGCGACGGUCCAUGUCCACUCGUUCCAUGAGAAGAGCUCGUCCAUCUCGAAAGCCAAAGCAAGUCGAUCCGGAAAUCGCCAAAGCCCAAGCAAAGGCAGCUGCGGCACGAGCGAUGCGCUUGAGCACCUCUUCCAGUGAACCCAAGGCUUAUGAUCGAUUGGGGGGCCCAGCGCAGGUGGCAAUUCCCAAGCGACGGCCAGGAUCAGGUCUCCGGUAUACAGAAGAUGGUGCUUCCGUAUGUUCUGCAUCCAUAGUACCUCCAGUUACUCCCCGUCAAUCCAUGGAGAAAAACGGCCUUCACCGAGAGCAUACGCUUGAAGCCGCUGCUGCACUACCGCCAAUCACCGAGCUUCGAGGACUAGAUGGGCGCGAUAGCUCGGUGCCUUCAUCUUACCGCCGGCUACGCAAGGCCAAGUCCAUGUUCUCAACCCGAACUCGGUCUUCUCAAGUACCCUUUGGGCCUCCUGCAAUUUCGCCUCGACAUGCCUUUGAAUUAGAGCGAAGCCCAGAAAUCGAGCUACCUCGGACCCUACGGCCAUCCGUCUCCUUCAUUCGGGGCCGUCAUCAAAGCAACCGAGCGAUCCGACACGCCAAAAGCCACGAUGUGGCUAUUCAGCUCGCUCGCAAUCAGUUUGCGGAAGAAGCUGGAAGCCCGGGGAUACAGAUCAGACGCUCCUCGUUCUUCAACCGGCGCAGAAGAGAUCACAAGCCGUUUCGCAAAACAUUCCGAGUUACGAGUGAUACUAGACCUAUUCCAGGCUCAAAAGCAGAGCCCACUUCUCGAUGGGCCUCCCGUCAUAGAUCCCGAACCUUCUCCUCGUCGAUCAAAAAUGGCUUCCGUCGCGUAUUUGGAAUUUCCAGACCUGCUGAGCAGCAGGGUUCCGAGUUCAGCCUCGAGGAAGAUGUGAUUCCAACGGCGACACCAGAGACCACGAUGGAAACUCACCCUGCUGAGCGUAUGGUGGGUGGUUACUUUGAUAUGGACCAGAUUGUGACGUCCAGUCCCCUGCCGGUUGAAUCUCCCGGGGGCGAAAGUCUCUGUACAUCCAAAUCCCGCGUGACUAGUUGGGCAGAUUCGUCCGUUGCAAAUACUGUGAUGACUCGAAAGACCCGUCAUCGCCAGUCGCUCUCUUUGAUUGAAGAGCACGGAGAUCCGAACAAGCAAUUGCCUCAAGUACCUGCUGAUCGCACCCGUCACCAGCCUCCCCUGUGCGAGAGUAAUUUCGGCGAAUUGGACGAGGGAUCCAGUCCUGGAGUCUUCAAUAAUUGGGCUGAUAGCAAUGACUUAUACUCAGCUUUAAUGCAGCAAAUUAGACGACAGGUUGUGCACACACCCGAUGAAGACAUCGUCUUUGGUACGGUUCCUGAAUAUCGUGCGAUUCCAGAGCGCACUUCUUCGGUAUAUUCACAGCGCAGCAAACGCACCAUUCGGCAUAUUCCGAGUGAAGAAUCAUCAACCGCUGGAUCAUUUGCGACUGCACGUGUUGGUGUCUCAAAAUCUCCCCAGAGGCGCCAACCAGGUCCCCGCGUACACCCUCCCGACAAGAUUUCUCGGCGCAUGUCUAAUCAAGAGAUCCAUCCGCGACUCGAGACGUUCUCGGGAGGAGAUUCCCCGUGUUCAAUGUGCGUUAUUGGUCAAGGACCCGACGAGGAAACUGGAAGCAUUGUCAUUGCUCGCUUCGAGCCAUUGAGCCCAGGGACCGAGUCCCCCAGCGUCUACUCGCGAACAACUGGUGGCAAUACCCCCACAAAGGGCUCCAGUGGUUGCAUGGCCAAUUUGAUUGAUGACGAGACAGGGACUGCCACCAUAUUUGCUUCUCAGCGAACUGCAUAUAGCUCGCCGACUCGAUCUAACGGCUCAGCUACACUAGGCAGCCCUGUGCAGCACAGCGCGGACUGGCAAAAGUGGAUGAGCUCCCAGAUUGAAAGGAUCGAAAAGGCAAGCCCAGGCAGACAGCAUAUUCGAGAGAAUGCCCAGUUCGACGGCGAUGAAGAUGAGAUCUUUAUGGGAAUGCUCAAGCGGGCUCCGGCGCCAAUCCCAGAAACGGCUGGCGAGCCUUACCUACCAGAGGGAGAGAGAUGCAGCGAUUCCUUGCCACAAGCGGAACCCAAGCCUCUGGCUCAGAACAAUUUUUCCAGGCCAUUCAGUCGAGCCUCCAGCGUACGGGCCAUUUUGUCGUCGCAAAAUAUACAGCCUCUUGAGCCAAUGCAAACCCUACCAAAUCCCUCGGGUACCGAGGAUAUGUCUCAGCCUUCUAUUUCCGAUGCUCCGCCUGUCCGCGAUCCCAGUAAGCAGAUGCCGUCGCCAGUUCGCAUCCGAUCAUCGAACAUGCUCGCGCCUCCAAAGUCUCCGACACCUCGCAGGGCUGGACUCGACUUACAGAAGCGAAUGUGGACCCAGGAACAAUACCGGCGGUAUUCGGCUCGACGCCCAGUUGCAAAUGGCAAGUCCAAUUCAUUCCGAUCGAUGCGGAGCUACCGCGAUUCGCGUGGGAUGAACAAUGAAAACUCCCGACAACAGGAUGAGCAUGAAGACAUGAUGGACGAUUAUCACAAACUCCAGGACAUUCAUUCGACUAUUUCCACCAAGCGUAUGGUGGAUAUGUUCUUGGACAGUCGACGCAAGCAGAUGGCAAGGGACCCAUCUGGGAGCACCACUGUGGGCGAGGCGUUUAUUUGA